CGGAACUAUGUACACAACAGAAUUGCAUUUCAGUAACUUCAAGGAGGCGUGCGUGUGAGAAGGAAUUCAGCAUGAGUGCUACACCAUGAAGUCAAGCCUGCUGCUCGUGCCGCUGGCGCUCCAUGCGUGCUCGUGCGCGAGGAUCCUCGGCAUCAAUCCGACGGCGUCCAUCAGCCACCAGCUCCCCUUCCUCAUCAUCAUGCGAACUCUUGCGGAGAGGGGACACCAUGUCACCAUCAUUACCACCAACCCCAUGAAGGAUCCACCUCCAAACACAACUCAGGUAGAUUUAUCAUUCAUGUAUGAUGUGAAGAAACAACACGACUUCUACAAAAUGUCUCUACUUUCAAAAGAGGAAUUCACUGAGAAGAUGAUACAAGCUGCUAAAAAUAGUUGUGACCUUCAGUUUAAAACUCCCGGUAUAAAGGAACUUCAAUUUGAGAAGAAAUUUGACUUGGUGGUAAUGGAAAUGUACCUACAGUUUUGUUACUAUGGCCUUGUGCAUAAACUGGGGUCUCCACCGGUUGUUGGUAUUUGGUCAGCAGAAAUAUACCCACAGCUACAUCGUAUGAUGGGCAAUCUAGUUCAUCCUGCGUAUAUGCCAGAGCUUGAGACAACCUACACGGACCACAUGACAUUCUGGGAAAGACUUGACAAUACUUAUCAAAUACUAGACGCGUUUUGGCUUGCUAGAAGAUAUACAGCGGCUCAAAAUGAAGUAAUGUGGGAACAUUUCGGAAACGAUGUUCCCAGCAUCUUUGAAUCGCAGUACAAUAUUAGUCUCUUGCUCGCAACAACUCACUUCUCCUCCUCUUAUCCAAAGCCGAUGCAACCCACUGUGGUGCAAAUGACUGGACUCCACAUUAAAGGAAAGCCUAAGCCGCUACCGCAGGAGAUACAGUCCUUCCUGAAUGGUGCGAAAUAUGGAGCCAUAUACUUCAGCCUUGGCUCGAAUGUUAAGAGCAGAAAUCUGCCAGAGUCUAUACGACAAGCACUGAUGGACGCCUUUUCCGAACUUCCGCAGAAGGUCCUUUGGAAGUUUGAGGAUGACUCUCUACCAGGGAAGCCAAGCAACGUCAUGAUCGCCAAGUGGUUGCCACAAGAGGAUGUUUUGUCUCACCCAAAUAUUCGACUGUUCAUCACUCAGGGUGGUCUUCAGAGUUUCAACGAGGCAUCCUAUUACGGUGUGCCACUAGUCGGAAUACCUUUCUUUGGUGAUCAAGCAUACAAUGUGGCAAAAAUGGUCAGCGCUGGAAUUGGAGUCAAGCUGGACUUUCGAACCAUCACCAAACAGUCUGUCCUCCAAGCCGUGCGGACCGUUCUGGAGGAUCCCAGCUACCAGGAGAACGUGAAGCGCUUCUCCGCCAUCUACCGGGAACACCAGAGCACGUCCCUGGAGAGGGCGGUGUGGUGGGUGGAGUACGUGAUCCGCCACCAGGGGGCCCCUCACCUGCGCAGCGCAGCCCUCGACCUGCACUGGUGGCAGCUGCUGCUGCUCGACGUCAUUGCCUUCAUACUGGCUGUAGCGGCCUUGGCGGCGUUUGUACUAUAUAAGCUGAUUCGGUGGCUGUUGACUUUGCUCUCUCGACCUAGCAAACAAAAGGAACAAUGAGACUGUUGCAGUAGCACAUGUUAGCGGUCUGACAGACACCAAGCUGACUACAGAUUGUCUAACAGACAACAUCAGUAUUUUGAAAAAGUAACGUAUGCGGAACAGAAAAAAUAGGUAAAGACGUUGAUUUAGUUAGAAAUCUAUGUGUGAGGUUCAUAUCCUAUUUUUUAAAACAGAUUUCUUAAAAACUUCGAGACAUUGGUCUCUGCAAGGAAAUCAAAUGUUGAAUGUUAUACUUCAUGAAAGAUUGCUUUGUUGAUGAGGUUAACUAAACUUGUGAAAACCGAGAUAUACUUCUAUAGUUCCUUUGAAUGUAUAGUACGAUGUAUCUAGUGUGUAUAUUAUUUAUUACACGAUUUUUACCAUGUU